AUGUCGAAUGGGGUUCUCAACAUGCUGCAUACUAAUACAAGGGAGUGCUUACCUAAACGCCGGGAUUCUGCCAAAGAGUGCGAGGAAUGUGAGAAGGGAGAUGCCCAGAACGACGAGCGUGAUGUCCCGAAAGAAGCCCAUUUCCUAGAAAUGCAAAACAAGCAAAGAGCAGACCCACGGAAUAUCAGUGCCUCAGAGGUCUUGGUGCGCAGACGUCAUCAAAUUGAUCAUAUGAAAAAGGACCUCCCUCCUGGCAGUUACUCUUUCAAAUAUGUUGACCGUUGUCUACGAGCUGGGAAGCUUCUAGAUUUAGAAGAGUUUCGGGCGGGACCCGCUCGUGGCGCCAUCCGCCCAGUGGGCUCUACAUCAGUGCCCGCGAAAGGACGCAGGACCGGAUAUACAGCAAAAGAUGACCAGAUUCUCUAUGACUGGGUGAAGCCCAUCGAGAAAAGCGGUGGUGCUAUCAGGGGAAAUAAGAUUUAUCAACAGCUUGAAGAAUUGCAUCCUCAACAUACUUACCAAUCGUGGCGUGACCGCUACCUCCGGGUAGUGAAAGAUCGCCCGCGGCCAGUUGCAAAAGGGGAUACCGCGGGAGCUGCCGCAGCUACAGAUCCCCCUACGCCGCCCUCGAGUUCAAUUCGAGAUGAGCCAGCACUGAACCCAUCGGAGGCCGCUCCCGACAGCAACCCAUUGCACCGCCUGUCUCAUUUUCGGAUUCAGAAACAAAUGGGCUCCUUCGCGCGGCAUCCAAAAUCCUGGAUAUCGACCCAGCUCGAGAGGACGAAUUUUGGGAUGAAAUGGAAAAAUUAUUUCCAUGCAUUUGUUCGUCCGAAACACGUUGCAAGGUCGAGGGCUAAGAAAGAAAGCGCCCAGAAAUCAUCCCCCGCUCUAUCAACAAAAGGCGAUCGUCAGGCACCACACACUGAAAGGAGCCCAAUAGCCCAGAAACAAAUGUCCAACGUCACAGAACCAACGCAUAAAUCUGCGAAACGAACCUUCCGAGAAUCUGACGCUUCAAGCGAAGAACGAUUGAGAGACAACAAGAAAAAGAGGCGCACGAUAACAGGGGGAUCUACGAGGGCUUCGCCCAAAACCCCAGAAAAUUCCAACAAUUCCAGGAAACAGAUCAUCGAUUACCUCGACGAACCCACAGUCUCGAAGCGGGCCGUUCGGUACGAGGUCAGUGAAGCACCUUCACAACCCGCAUCUCCACCCGUGGUCAUUACCAUCGAGGAUGAUACUGAUGAUGACACUCAAACUCGUCAAAAAUCUACUGAGCCCAUCCUCUCCGGUGCAUUGACAUCUGCGGAACCAGUUCCAACAUCCAGUAACACCUCGCAACCCAAUGAGCUCUAUGAAACAGCACCACAAGUCCAGCCCACUCAAGACAUUUUCGCUGACCCCUCACAAUACAUGGAUGACCUCAGUAAUUUGCUCCGUCCAACCCUUCCUAGUAUUCCAGAGGGGGCACAGUCCAAUUCCCAAGCUAUGACCGAGGAGGAAAAAGAAGAAAUCCAGGAGCUUGACCAAUGGAUUGAAUCAAGACUUAAAACAGGCAGAGCGAAGGACGAAGAGCAGAUCAUUCAGGCCCUUUCUUAUACUUCCAUGAACCCAUACCUGGCUGAUAUGGUGCUGGACCGCCUGAAGGAGGGCAGUGACGUUCCAACUGAUAUUCCUGGAAUAUGGACAGAGGAAGAGGAUCGCCUCCUUGAAACCGGGAAUGGCUAUGAUGUGCAAAAAUUGCAGGAGAAACAUGGUGCGGAGUAUUUCGAUAUUCGUGGGCAAUAUCUCAUGACGCUGCGGCAAGUGGUUGGACUCGAAGAAUAA